UGCUGCAGAGGCCAGUGACCUUGUCCCCCCAGGCUUUUGCCUUGCAGACCUGUAAGCGACUGUUCACGUGGGGAAGUGAGGCUGGACCUCGACUAUGUGGCUGUUUUGUGCUUUAAUUUCACUAGAGAAAAAUGAUUGUUCGGUUUUCUUUCCCCUUAGAAAUACGGAGCUAAAAAUAAGUUGGGACAUACUCGGAGCCCAGUAUCCGGUGUGGUACGCUGUGUGGCCUGUUGCAUUGUGCCCUUUUGUUUAAUAGAAAUCUCUUUGGAGGCUUUUUGUAAAGCUGAUAAAAUGCAGCCGUUACAGAUACUUCUGUUGUAACUGCGAACUGCUCUUACCAAGUAGCUCUUGAGCCCUGACUGGAGAGAUGAGACAACACGGAGAAGAGACACGGAGACACAGAGAAGAGAGAGCUGUAGGCAGGGACUUUGUGGUGAAGAGUACAGGUGUUGCCAGCUGUCACUAGAGGUGCUCUUGAGCAGUCCUCUGAAUUCCUUGGCAUCGUGAUCCAGACAUUCCCCAUACAGAUCCUGAAGUCCCUGUGUCUUGUGCCCCUGGAGCUGGUAAUUCGGCAGCUGGUGCAAUGGAUUAUGAAUCCGUUUGAUUGAUGUGAUGUCAUGGAGGUAAGAGAGGGAAUCAUAGUAACUAUAUAUUUCCCCAUUGUAAAGGUCUUGUAUCAAAGUUGUGAUAAUGGGAUUUUGUCAGCACAGCAAAAGUGGGUUUUGCCCAAGGUGGAUGGCUUUAUAAAAUACAAGUAAAAAUAAUAACAAAAAAUGCUAGGGGGUGUUUUGUUUUGUUGGGUUUUUUGGUUUUUUUUUUUUUUUUUUUUUUUUUUUUUUUUUUUUUUUGUGAUUGUUGUUGUUUUGGUUUUGUUUUUUUAAAAGAGAAAUCAGCUUCAGAAGAGAACAAAACUGGUUCUAUCUACAAUGAGUAAAAUGAGCUGGAAGAGAUAUUCAAAACUGAAUGCCUCAUUUUUUGAUUCUUGAUUUAGCAGAGAAUGUUGUUUUGCUUAAAUAGAAUUUAACAGGACAUAAAUGCUUACAGGUUUUUGAUUAUAAGAAAUAUCAAAUCACACAGUUUUCUUUCAAGUUGGGUUUUAUAAGCUCUUCUGUCUGAAUGAGACAAAUGCUCAGAAACUGGAAACACUUCUUUUUCUGAAGCAGGAAGCAGACUCCAGCCAGGUAAGGCAGACACAAAAUCCUUUGGAAUUAGAACCAGGCAGGGGUGAGAAGAAUUAAUUGCUAAAUUUGUACCCCAUAGAUUCCUGAGCAGGAUCCUAGCAGGGAAGACUGGAGGGAAACUCUCUAAAAGGGUACAGACUGGAAUCUGUUCCCAGAUGAGAGCAGUGAGCUCUCAUUGGAAUUGUCUGAAGGGAAGAAAGAGGAAUCCUUUCAGCACAGGGAUCAGCUGUCAAACAUGGAGAUGUUAUCAGAGGAGCAUUUAAUUCCCCAGGCAAAUCAAUCUCCUGCCCUGUGAAGCUCAGAAAUCUGGGAAGAGCCCAGCUAAUGUAGGGCUUGGACUGGCAGAUAAAACUGCUUGCAAAUGGUAGGGAAAAGCAUCCUAAUGAGGCACCUCAAUUUGUACAGGAAUCAUGCAAAAAUUGUCUAGAAGAACAGGUAUCAAAUGGGAUUUUCAUAUUCCUUGGAGACCACAAUCCAGUGGGAAGGUUGAGAGAAGGAAAGAGGGCCAAAAAAGGCAAAUGAGCCAAAUCUGACGAAAACGUCAAAUGCCCACAUUCCCUGGCAUUGCUGAGGAAUUCAGCCAAGCUCCAAGCAAAAGCUAUGCCCAUAUGGAAUCCUUUAUGGGAGACCAUAUCCAACUGUGACUCUUCCUGGAGAAAGCCAUGGGAUAGGUUAUCUCAGUUUCCGAGAAUAUGUCAUUUCCUUGGGGAAAAAAACCACUUUGAUAAUUGCAUAACUUUAUUGUUUGUGCCUCACCAGUAACCUGGGAUAUCCAAGUCCAUCCUCCCCAGCAGGGAGACUGGGAGCACAUCCGGACAUGAAGAAUUUCUGGGAGGGCCCCAGAGAAGAAAGAAGGCCCCAGAGAAGAAAGAAGGCUCCAGCUUUGCAGGCUUUGGACUGUCCAGGCUCAGAUGUGGAUUAGGCAGUGCACCCCAGAAGAUCAGCUCAAGGUGGGAUUGGAGCAGUGUUGGAACCACCAUGGAUUCUCCCAAGGUUGUGGAUAAUUGGGGAGAGUAUGUGGGAUAAAGAAACACACAAGGGAAGCUCCAUGCUCCCAAGGAAAUGCUUGAGUUAUGUGCAGCUUCUGAACCGCACUGAUAAUCCUGGCUCCCCCAGAAACCUUCCAAAGCUGGAAGGGACUGGGAAGAAAAUUCUAAGAGUGGUGGGAAGUGCAUUCUCCCAGGACUGGACAGCAAUGAGAUACUGGAACUGCCUCUCUGGAUGUGUGCUGAGCACUCGCUACUGUGGACAAUGCGGCCUUAAUUGCUGCAGGUUCCUCUUCUCACUGGAGAAUUGGAAAUAAUUAUUAAUGAGACCACAGAGAUGUUUUCUGAAACCUUUCCCUUUUUUUUGCCUUUAAUGGUAGAUCUUCUCUUUCUGCCUUUGAAUUUACAGCGAUUCUCGGAUGUCAUUCACCUACCCAAAUUCCUUGCAGCUCCUGGGGCAGAGAGAAGCUUCUCCCAUGGCAAACAUUCAGUGGGAAAAUGAUACCAUGUGUUCCACCUCCUUAAUAUAUUGAACUUCUCCUUAUGUCUUAGAGCGUAGACUUAGUCCUUUUUCAACAGAAAGCAGCAGGCUGAACUCACCUGAAUACUGAACCAUACUUUAGAUAGAAUGUUUUUUUAAAAGAAAAAAACCCUAGGCUUUUCGUCUGUGGGCUUUAUUGGUAUUGCUCCUUAAUUGAGCCACACCUUUAAAUAAUGAUGUGGGUGCCUUCCAGAAACACUGUUCAGUACAUCUUGCACUUUCUUAUGGGACCUCUGGGCUCACAUUUUUCCAUCGCUGUGUUAAUAAGGUGUCGAGGAUCAGGGAAUUGAUAGGGAAUAAUGUAGGGGAAGGGGCAGGGGCAGGGAAGGAUUGACAAAGGGUUGAAGUGGAGGAGAACCAGGGCUAAAGUAAGCAUAGGGGAUUUGGGACAUGGCCCAGAGCGGGUCCGCUGCUCGGCAGCCCCUUUCCUCUGAGGGGCAGCGGGGCGAGACGUGCUGGUGGCGGGUGCUGGAGUUGGCCGGGGCGGGGCUGCUGAGGUGGCAUCUCAGGUGAGGCUGAGGCUGCAGGAGGCACUGGACCUGCCGUGAGAGGGGCUAGCGGCCCAUCCUUGGCCACUACUGCACCUCUUUCUUUUAUCUUUCUGACGCACACAGCUCCCUGCUCCACUUCUGCUGUAGCCCCUGUUGUCUGUCCUUUAUAUAGCUGGAACAUUUUAUGUAGUGCAUCUUUUAAGAAAGACUGGAGUUGAAAGAUCUUCCCUUUUCCCACAGUGUUAAUAUCCAGGGGCUGAUACAGCAUCCUUCGCCGUUCACUCAGUGAGAUGAAAUCCAGUUCCUAUAAGCAGCUCCAUGAUGGUGCCCCUCACCAUUGGUAAAGACAUUAUAUGGAGAAUUAUUCAGCAGCUGCAGAACAAUUUUGAAUUGAUUUGCACUCUCUUUUGGUUUAAAUAAAAAGCAAAUUAAGCUUAGGAAGUCAGGAAGUAAAUUGAUGCAUUGAUUUCAUGCACAAGCAGGAAACUAGUAACUACAGGGAAAUGAUGUUCAAGCAAGCAGAUAACACUGUGGAAAACACAACUUCACUAACAACUCUAACCUUCACCAACAACACUGAGCCCAGCAUUCUGGAUGCAUCUCAGCAACAAGGGCUGCAUCCUGUUUGAACUGCUCUUGAAUAGCUAAUGGGAGGCUCUAAGUUGGUUCUACAGUAGAACAGCACCCUCAGGAAGCCUACUGCACUACUGCCAGAUAAAGUGACCUCAAAAGCUGAAAUCCAAUUUAUUUUUUGUUUAAAUUAAGUGUCUUAGCACUACUGCACUUCCUGAUAUCCUCUGGUCAUACCUGGAGCACUGUAUGUACGUCCCCCUCUUAACCAUACUAGAGAAAAUGCUGAGGGGGGAAGGCUGGCAGAGGUAGUUCAUCAAGUCUAAUCCACAGCCACCUUUAAGGAUGUAUGCCGGUCUUUCCAACAUUUUCAUGUGCAAGGAGACCAAUACAUUUUAUACACUAUGUUCUUGUGCUCAAUAUUCCAUUGAUAGGAAUAAACAAGGAAAAAAUUCAUUCCAUUCCUCUUCUCUAAGAAAAUUAUCAUGUGGUUUCUUGCAGCUGUGCUAUGUAGAACUGAGAUAUUUCAUAUGUGCCAUACAAAACUAUUCAAAUUAAUGCUUAAGAUGCUUAAGCACUUAGGCAUUUUAUUCUGUUUUGUAUUUCAAAACAAUUCCAAUAAACAACUUCAAAUAUUUUUGUUUUAUAUAAAACACAUGGAAAACUCUUAAGGUGAGUCUGGGGCACAGGAAGUUGGCCAAGAUUGCUUUUUUAGUGACAGUGACAUGGCAAUGCUCUCUGGUGAGCAAUUACAAUAUCUCUGAGUCCUGGCUGCUUCUGAGGAGAAUCUGUGCCAAGGCAGGGGAAGGUACUUAGGCAUUCUGAAUAUUUGUUUGUGUAUGUUGUGAAAAAUGUAUUAAAUCAACUCGAACAUAAUACUUGAAAAACAGUGAAUAUUGCCAAUGUGACAAAUAACGGUCUGAUCGUGUUUUGAAUUUAAAAGAAAUACUGUUUUUCUGUACUUUUUAGAGGAUUAAUAUGAAUUUCUUCUAGGCAGGUAGUAACACCUUGCUCUGCCUCAGUAAGAAAACCCUGUGUUCUUCAGUCAGUUUUGCUUUCAUGGGCCUACUGUGUUAGAAAAAUGAUUUGUUUCAGCUUAUUAUUAGUUUUCUUUGAAUAGCAGAUUAUGAGACAUACUUGGUUUGCUAUAUAUUGCCAUUCAAAAUAUCCUAGUAUUAAAUAUAAAUGGUAAUGUUAUUACUGUCACACUAUGCUUGUGCAACUGUGGACAUCAUCAGACCUAAAAUAAAUACAGAAUUUCUGCUCAUAUUCAUUUAUGCAUUAAAAACUGUAAAGUUUCUCAUUUUUGUAUGUAUAAUAUUGAUUUGUAUAGAACUUGAUUUUCAAAUAAAAAAUGGAUCUAUUAUAUACAAGAUUUUAGAAUACAAGAAAUUUUACAGGAAUUGGAACUACAAAUGUAACUUUUCUAUAUAUAAAUUUAAAAAAUAAAAGGCUUGAAAAAUGUAAGAAAAUAAGAUCUAUAUGAAAGAAAUAAAAAUUGUGUGUGUUUACUGCUCAGCCCUGCUCGCUGCCCCUCAUUGUCUCAUUCUGGCCCAGGUCCUCCCUGAUAUUCCUUCCGUGUUACUCUGUCCUUUAAUCUGUUUGUGCUUCUUAUCUGUUCUGUCCUUCUCUCGGUCCUCCAGGCGAGCCGUGCCGGGCCGGCGGGCGGGAGCCGCGGCUCGGAGCUCUCUGCCCGGCCCGGCGCUCUCUGCCCAGCGCGGGGCCGCCCCUGCCCGCCGGGGGAGGAGCGCGAUCGUUGCAGGAGGUGCAGCAGUUCUGGCUAACAAAUGGGAUGCUCGUUUAAAAAAGCAAAAAAAUGGUUUCUUUGUGUUAGACAAUAUAGUCCAGAGAGAACUCGGGGGAGGAUGAUAGAGGAUAUCGUAUUCUAAUAUCAUUUUAGGGCAUUUUGUAUUUUCUUUUGUAGCAUCAGCUUAAUGCUCAAAAAUCAUAUAUUAUAAACAAAUAUACGCACUUAUAUAUAGGUACAGUUAAAUAGAGAGAAUAUAAAUAGCUAUGUUAUUUCCUAAAUGAAGAUAUAUACGUGGUUUUCAUACAAUAUUACAUUCUUUGGUGCUAUGUAGUGUUUUGUUUUAUUUUUUGGUAUUUAUUUUGUGUCAUUUGGGUUUGGAGAGAAGAUAAUGGAUGGAUUUGUUUGUAUUUGAGGUAGAAUUAAGUUAAGUAGCUUUUAAAAAUAGACUUCUGAAAGGUAUUAUUGGGGUUUUGUUUUUGUAUGUAAGGGUUCAGAUUGGUAAGGCCAGCUUGCCUGGUGGAGCUUUGGGUGUUUUGUUAGAUGCAGUUUUUAAUUUUUAAAAUUUUUUUCUGUUUAGUGGCUUUAAGGUGGUUUUUAAUAAUUUACUGUGUAGUUUUAUUUUGUAUGUAGAUGUUAUAAGGGAUGUGGUCUAUUUUUUCUUUCUAAUUUUUUUAUUUUAAUUUUUCCUUUGUAAAUUUUUCCUUUUUCCUUUUUCUUCACGUUUCCUUUUUCUUCAUGUUUCCUUUUUCUUUUCCUUUUUCUUCUUUUUUUUUUUUUUUUUUUUUUUUUUUUUGUGUCUUACUUGAAAUUUUAUUUCAAUUUUUUUUUUUUCAUGUUUUCUUUGUGGCCUUUUUUUUUUUCCUUACUUAUUUAUAGCCCAAGUAUGUGGAAUUUUGGCUGGUGGGAACAGAGGAGGUGACAAAUGAAAUCCACAUCCACUGCACGUCCGGAUAGAAUUGAGAGUACAGUUAGAGAAAUCUCUGUAUUUUCUGCUAAAUUAGAAAUCCUGAACAGAGAAAGCUCUAAAGACCAAGGGGCCUUCUUUUUUUUUUUUUCCUUUUUACCCCCUAACAAUUCUCAUUGUAGCCAUUUACAGGAUCAGCAGCAGUAACUUGAAGUCAAGGUGUAUUUCACAGGUAGCAAGAAAACAAAGUAGACUUUUGAUUUUGUAGCUCUCAUUGUUUAGUAACAAAGAAAUCCAAAACAAACCAAAUAACAUUAUAAAAAAACCCACCCCAAAGAACAGAGAAAGAGAAAAUAUACCAAUAUUAUUUUAAUUUAAAACCACUUUCCCCCUUAGAAAACCAGGCUAAUGUAAUUCUGCUUAAUUGGGGUGCUGUUGUGUUAGGUUAAUGAAUUAACAGAGUUUUAAACAUACAGAAAUAGACACGAAUUUUGAAAAAUAAGUACAGAAAUAUAAAAAUAUGAAUAGAUAUAAUAAAAACAGAAAUAUAAAUAUGAAAAAUGAUAUAAUGAAUAUACAUAAAUACAAUCUAUAAUAUUACUCGUUACUUAUAUUAUUACAAUAGUCUAUAUAUGAUAUCCAUAGAUAUGACUAGAAAAAAGACAUGGUCAUGAUCAAUAUAAAAAUAAGAAAUGUAGAAGAAAUCAUGGAAUAGAGCUUAAAACAGAGGGGGUUUUUUUGGUUUGAAUUUGCUUGGUGGCAGGGGUUGUCUUUGAAGCGGUGGCCGGGUGUCUUUCGGGGCGUUUCUUUUAGGGGGUUUCUGUGCACGUUCUCUUUGGGGGGUCCCUUUCUGCGUGUCCCCGACGGGCGGGGAGCCCCGGGCCGGGCCCCAGCGCUGCCGCCCUGUGGACACAGCGCGGUACUGCAGCUCUGCCCCGUGCCCGGCCCCGAGGAGCCCCGGGCUGGAAGCUGGGUCUUAGUGCCCGAAUGCGGUCACUGCCCGGGAGCUCCUGUUCGAUUCCACGCUCCCGGCCGUGUCCGUGCGAUGGCCGGGCCGCCCGCGGGACUCGGCAGCAGGAAAACACCGAGCGCUGCGUGUUUAAAGGGAGCCGGCCCCGCUUGCCCGUGCGGCGCCUCGGCCCGGCCCGCGCCGCCCUCAGGGAGACGAGCGGAGCUGCGGGAGCGCGGGGAGCGGCACCGAGUGCGGUUCGACCGUGCCGAGCUGUCCCGAAGAGCGGAAUCUAAGCGACUGAAUCCAGUCAUAGCCGAGCUGUGCCGAUUAGAUCCGAGUGUAGCCGAAGAGCCGAAAACACCCGAGGAUUUCCGAACAGCCGAAAAGAGCCGAGCAUAGCCGAGAUCGGCCGAGUUGAGCUGAACGGCCGAAAAUGGCCGAGUGCAACCGAUAACAGCCGAACCCAACCGCGUUUAGCCGACUGGAACGGGGUCGAACCGAACAAGCCCCGCCGAACCUCGCCGAGUUCGCCCGGUUUGGACCCUAUAGCCGCGGCCGGACCAAGGCUCUGCUGCAGGUGUAUUCGAGACAUCUUUCCUCUUUGUUUGACAGAAGGAAGAGGGGGAAAAAAAAAAAAAAAAAAAAAAAAAAAAAAAAAAAAAAAAAAAAAGAGGAAGAAAAAACGGGAGCAGUUCCGGGGCGGUCCCGGGGCGGUGUCCGCCGUCACUGCCGCCUUCUCGGCGGGCGACUCCAAGGCGCUGUCGGGCUCGCUGCCGGCCCGUCGGCGGGCGGGCGGCCGGGACGCGAUGGCGCUGUGCCCGGAGCUGGAGCGCUCGCUGUCGCUGCUGCAGCCGGGCGCCGGCCGGGCCCAGCAGCAGCGGGAGCGGCGGGCGGACGCGGCCCCCACGCCCAUGGUGUUCAUGUGCGCCGGCUGCGGGCGCCCCGUGGGCGACACCCGCACCUGGGGUUCAGUGCCGAGGACAGCGGCCCCGUCCUGCUGCGCAGUGAGUACCAGCGCUGCCACCCCCGCGCCGCCGCGGGCGCUGCCGCCGUGCCUCCUUCCCUGCCUCCCGCCGCAGCUGCGGCCGCCAGCGUCGCCGCGGACCCGGGGCGGAAGGGCUCCGAGCUCCCCGGAGAGUGCGGAUGGUGAGGGCCGGGCCUGGCUGGACACAGUCCCGGGGGAGUCGGGGGUUCCCGGCGCUCGGGACAAGCCCGGCAAAGGGCCCGGAGCGCUCGUGUGGCCCGAGAGCCCCUGGAGCACUUAUCUGGGCAUGGUAGAAACCCUACUCUGCUCUGGCUGCUCCAGGACCCUUGGCAGAAGAUACAGGCACGCCUCAAGGCAUCUCGACUGCAAGAGGGAUUUGUUCUGUGUCCGUACUGACUCUGUUGAAAGCUGUAGGCCAGGAACCCUGGAAAAGCAAGCUCGCAUUCACGAGGAGCUGCUUCCUCUUGAAAGUCCAGCUGUCUUGCAAGAGGUGCCGCACAGGGUAGGAAGAGUUGGGAGCGAACAGUCUGAGGAAGUGGACUGUGGAAGCUGAAGGUUGUCCAGCCAAAGCUGAGUGUGUGGCUCUGACACUGACCAAGGCUGGAAAGAGUUACUGUGUGGACAGAGAAUGUUAGAGCCGGG